AUGAAGUACACUUGCGCCUUGCUCCUUCUAGCCUCCUUGGCCUGUGUCCUUGUGAGCCUAUCGAGUGCAGCCAGUUCCACAACCACAACGGAAGCCUCUUCGGGAACCACCACCACAACAGCAGCAUCCUCGUCCUCUGACACCACCACCACCACGGCUUCCUCCUCGGACUCAACCACUACCACCACAGAGUCAUCAUCAUCCUCGUCGGGCAAGAAGAAGCAUGUUGUCCACUAUAAAAGGAAGAUACAUCGCCCGAAGAAGGUCAGGAAAAUCAAGAGGAACAGGAGUCGCAGGAACCGCAGUGGUUAA